AUAGCGAGACGGAGGGAACAGGUGUCACAUCUUUACCUGGAAUCCUGCAAGGAACAUCUUAAGGGCAAAAAUACCAUUGGUAACAUCUGAGACUAUAACUACACAAGACCGUGGAACUGAGCAUCCUUUUGUUUUUCACCGUAUUUCACUGAUCGUUGGAACUGCAGAGAAAAGCCAUGGACAACAGACUGGUCUUCCUCACUGCCCUGCUAGUGACGCUGUCCUGGAUGUCAGUGGGCACCUACGCAGCGACAACAACAGCAGCAGCUACGACAACAGCAGCAGCGACGACAACAGCAGCAGCGACAACAACAGCUGCAGCGACAACAGCAGCAGCUACGACAACAGCAGCGGCGACAACAACAGCUGCAGCGACAACAGCAGCAGCUACAGAGGCACCACCAAUCAUGCCCAACACAAAUGUGACAACACUUAUGACAACUAUCAACAGGACAGACUGCGGGGAUGAGCAGCUCUGUGCCGCUCAGCCCUCAGACUGCGACCCCUCAACAAGUUCAUCAUGUUUCUUUCUGGCUGCCAAGCAGAUAAGCGGCAGAAACUUUGAAUUUGGGCUUUCAGGAGAGUCCGAUGGCUAUAUUGCUGCCACCCUGUCACUCGACAGCGAGCUGGGAGGUAAUGACACAACCUACGUCUGUGCAAAGGAUGGCGGUGUUGUUAAAUUCUUUGCCGCUCUCCUCGACAAUGACAUGCUGACUGUGAAAGAGCUGAACGUGGGCUCAGUGAAGGGCAAGAUCGACGGGAACAAAAUCCAGUGCACAUUUUCUGCCACUGUACCGCGGGCCCUGUCUAAAACCAAACAAUUCGCACUUGGAAUCUCUACAGGAACUUACAACAGCACUGAUGGUACUCUCGGAUCACCCAAGUUCCAGUUCAAAAGUGGUCUUCUAGACCUGGCAAAUCCUAACGUCACUGUCACGACGACAACAGCAGCACCUACAGAGGCACCACCAAUCAUGCCCGACACAACAGUGACAACACUUAUGACAGCUAUCAACAGGACAGACUGCGGGGAUGGGCAGCUCUGUGCCGCUCAGCCCUCAGACUGCGACCCCUCAACAAGUUCAUCAUGUUUCUUUCUGGCUGCCAAGCAGAUAAGCGGCCGAAACUUUGACUUUGGGCUUUCAGGAGAGUCCGAUGGCUAUAUUGCUGCCACCCUGUCACUCGACAGCGAGCUGGGAGGUAAUGACACAACCUACGUCUGUGCAAACAAUGGCAGUGGUGUUCAAUUCUUUGGCGCUCUCCUCGACAAUGGCAUGCUGACUGUGAAAGAGCUGAAAGUGGGCUCAGUGAAGGGCAAGAUCGACGGGAACAAAAUCCAGUGCACAUUUUCUGCCACUGUACCGCAGGCCCUGUCUACUAAAACCAAACAAUUCGCACUUGGAAUCGCUAACGGAACUUACAACAGCACUGAUGGUACUCUCGGAUCACCCAAGUUCCAGUUCAAAAGUGCUCUUCUAAACCUGGCAGAUCCUAACGCCACUGUCUCCAAUGUGCUUCUCCCUACUAGCCAUGCCAUUACAAUCCAGCAAUCUCUGACCCAAGCUCUGCUGAUCACUGUUGGUGUGCUUGUUCUGACCGUGCUCUGAGGAAACUGACAGCUCCAAGAGUCAAGACAAGACAACCAUUUUCCGUCUUAGUGUGCUACUGAAUAUAAUCAUCUCUCAGGAGGUUGACUAUAAACAGUGCAUCCUUCCCAGAUUAUUAGAAUCAUGCUUCACUGUUUCAAUUUACUGGCAGGUGAGGGCAGGAAUGGUGGAGGUCGGUCAAUCUUCCCAGGCCUUCUUAUGCUUUUACAUCGGUGUAGGCUCUGAAACACAAAAAGUCUGUUAAUUUUGUAUUUAAUGUUUAAUCAAUUUUGAGUAUUUCUUUUAAACAUAGGACUGCUGCAUUUCUGUCCUACAUGUUACCUAAUAGCAAAACAAAUACAUUGAUUAACUGCCAGAACUGAAAAUCAGUCUUUGAAUGAUUGGAAUGGGUACAGAGUUAUCAAACAUACAAUAAAUAAUCAAUUGUUUUUACCACUACCUGGCAGUUGUGUGUCAUGCUCUAAAACAUUUGAGGUUUGGGGUCCGGUUACCUUUAAGCCAACAUUACUACAGUCAGGCAAACACCCUUAUGACUUGGCAUAACACCUGGACAUUUCUAUUAUUUAACGGGGAUGCCUAAAAACAUUAUAAAUUCAACAUUGCAUAAAGGUCAAUCAUAUUGGUCAAAAUGAUUAGGAACUCAUAAAUAACGUUUUGGGACCAUGAUAUUAUUAUUUUUAAUCCCCAGAAUAAAGGGAAGAUGUGCAUUUAUGAAAGAUUAGUUAUUUUAGAUUGCAUACACCACAACAUAUUACCAUUCAUAUGUUUUUUUUGAUGACGUACACAAGAAACGCAAUAUUAUUUCUCACUGUCGCUCAUGAUAGCAGCAAAUGGCAGAGGUGUUUGCAUUAUGUGAUUAUUAUUGUUAUGACAUUUUCUUUUUUUAUGUGAAUGUACAUAUUGUUAAAGAUUCAACCAUGCCAUUUCUGAAUGGCUGAUAUUUCCAUAUAUAUGUGUGUGUUUAUGUGUAGCACACGUGCAAUUGAGUAGUUGCAAAAAGAGAUGAUGAAAUGGAUUUUGUACUUUGUUUCAUGUAACGAUUGAAGUUGAUUUUUUGAAUAAAUAUUAAAUGAAAGCUGA